AUGGAAGAACAUAGUCAACACCCGUGGCAAGUAUUGGAAACAUUAAGGGUAGAGAAGCUAUAUGAAAAGCUCUCCAAAUGCAAAUUCUGGAUCCGAAAAGUGGAUUCCUUAGUUCAAGCAGUGAGUGAAGAAGGAAAACACAUCGACUCUUCCAAAAUCAAGGCAACUGAAGGUUGGGCAACACCAAGUACCCCAAUGGAUAUCAAGCUAUUCUUAGGCCUCGUGGGUUACUGUGGGAGGUUCACACAGAAUUUCUCCAAAAUCGCUAAGCCAUUCAUCGCCCUAACCCAGAAGGGUGUAACCUUCACCUGGGAGAGGAAACAAGAGGUUGCUUUCCAAACCUUGAAACAUGCUUUAUCCAGCGCCCCGGUCUGGUCUUUCCUAGAAGGUAUCGAAGAUUUCGUGGUCUAUUGUGACGUAUACAAUCAUGGAUGA